GGGACCCUCUCGAUGCGAUCCAGUAGUCUCUAGUCAUCAAUUCCUUCGCGUCCGAAGAGCUGUGACUUGAUUCUGAUAUAACGAAGAGAGCAUACAUUUAUCCGAAUAUUCACGCCCUCCGUCAGGAUGAAGACGGAGGUAUUCUAUCUACUAAUCUGUCUUGGCGUUGUCACCGCCCUAACCAGGAAGCAAGAAGCGCUCGAGCAAAAUCGUAGGAAAGUAGCUCUGCCAACGUUGCAAAAAAAGCAGCCACCUACGCGAGAGCAGCAGGAGGAAUACGAGGACGAAGAAGAGCUUUCGGAUCAAUGCCCGGAACCUAACGGCUAUUUCCCGGACGCGGAACAAUGUGACAAAUAUUACGACUGUCGGGAUGGCAAACCCAUCGAGAAAUUAUGCCCAGAUGGUCUUGUGUUUAAUGACUUUAGUCCACAGCAUGAGAAGUGCGACCUGCCGUUCGGUAUCGAUUGCACCAAGAGGCCAAAAUUACAGAAACCACAAGCUUCUCCGCAUUGUCCAAGAAUGCACGGUUACUUCGCCCACGAAGAUCCCAGAAUAUGCAAUACGUUCUAUUACUGCGUCGAAGGAAAGUUCAACAUGAUCACAUGUCCAGAAGGCCUGGUCUUCUCGGAGAAAACGGGCAUUUGCAAUUGGCCCGACGAGGCGCAGAAGAAAGGUUGCGGUUCCAGGGAAUUAUUCAACUUCACGUGCCCCAAAGUGGACGAGUCUGUCGCUGCUACCCAUCCUCGAUAUCCUGACACGGAGGACUGCCAGUAUUUCUACGUGUGUGUGAACGGAGAGAUACCUAGAAGAAGCGGUUGCAAAUUAGGUCAAGCUUUCGACGAACGCACUGGAAAAUGUGAUUGGGCGAGGAAAAUACCCGAAUGCAAAGACUGGUACAAAGGUCAACUAACCGACGAGGAACUGGACGCCUUGGAAAAUCCACCGCCGAAACCGAAACCUUCUGGUGGGCAUGGCAGAAGAAAAGGCGCCAAACCACCGGCGUGAAUUUAAGAUUAAGUUCAUGUUAAUGUUCACCGACAUACUUAUUUUUUAGUAUUUUUAUUUUUUUUUUUUUGGAAAAUAAAACAUUUUGAAUAC